AUGCCCGAUGGUGUUGCUCAGUCCACCAUCGUCAGUACACUAAAAUCUGGCCUCCAGCGGCUAACGGCCAACUUUCCAUGGAUAGCGGGCCAGGUCGUCGUUGAAGAUGAAGAGACUGGAAAUUCCGGGGUAUUCAAGAUUAAGGAGCUGCAGGAAAUCCCCUGCUUGGUAGUGAAAGACCUCAGAACGGAUACCUCAGCUCCAACCAUGAUGGAACUGAGAGAAGCCAACUUCCCAAUGAGAAUGCUGAACGAAUCCGUUGUUGCGCCUCGCAGUACCUUUCCCGCAGUCGAUGCCGUCAUCGGACGCGACCAUGGUUCACCUGUGUUUCUUCUACAGGCAAAUUUCAUCGUCGGGGGCUUGGUAAUCACAUUCUUAGGCCAGCAUCAGACCAUGGACAUCAUGGGGCAAGGACAGAUUAUGCAUCUCCUGUCUAAGGCCUGCUAUGAUGAAUCCUUCACCGCGGACGAGCUGUUCUCUGGCAACCUCCAACGUCAAAACCUCAUCCCUAUCCUCGAUAACUACCAGCUUGGCCCCGAGCUUGCUCGUCAUCUGGCUACUCCAACUGGUCCAUCUCGUCAUGCUCUUGACAAGGACGAAAGAGAGCCAGCUCAGACUCUCUGGGCAAGUUUUACCUUUCGUCCCACAUCGUUGGCAACUUUGAAGUCAACUGCUGCCAUGACCCUCCCCAGUGGUUCCAGUUUCAUAUCUACUGAUGACGCGCUGAGCGCAUUUAUCUGGCAGAGCAUCAUGCGCGCGCGCGCCGAUCGCUUGCCACCCGACAUAGAGACGACCUUUGCGCGAGCUAUUGACGUCCGUUCAUAUGUGAAUGUGCCGGUGACAUACACUGGUAUGGUACAAAACAUGACGUACGCAACGUACGCGCUACGAGAACUCGCCGCAUUGCCGCUGGGUGAGGUAGCAUCAAGGUUGCGAGCUGCCUUGGAACCCGAGACCACGAUCCUCCCUUUCCACACACGUGCCUUGGCCACCUACUUGAACAGCCAAGCUGACAAGUCGCAUGUCUCGCCCGCCUCAUCGCUGGACUUUUCAGUCGACGUGAUAGUGAGUUCGUGGGCCAAAACGAACAGCUACGCCUUGGAUUUCAAUUUAGGACUAGGGAAACCAGAGGCUGUUCGCCGGCCAUGGUUCACGCCUCUACAGAGCUUUGUGUAUUUCAUGCCUCGAAAGGGUGAUGGCGAGAUCGCCGUGGCAGUGUGUCUUGAAAAGGAGGCCAUGAAUAGGCUGAAGGCGGACAAGCAGUUUACGACGUACGCAAGGCACGAUGGAUGA